AUGGCCGCCGACUACCCCAUCAUCGACUCCCACAUCCACCUCUACCCAGAGCAAGAAAUCGAGACCCUCGCCUGGGCGACCCCCGAAAACCCCCUUGCGAAGCAGCACUCGGUCGAAGACUACGUCGCCGCCACCGGCUCCCCCGCAAACCUCAAAGGCUUCAUCUUCCUCGAAACAGACCGCAAACACGACCUCGAAGCCGGCGCCCGCGAUGCGUCCGGCUGGGAGUUCCCCCUGAUGGAGGUCUCCUGGCUCCGCCGCAUCGCCGAGGGCAAACCGCGCGACGGCGAGGGUCACGGCCCCGACCACGCCAGCCUCUGUCUGGGCAUCGUCCCCUGGGCCCCUCUACCCUCCGGCGCCGCCGCCAUGGAGAAGUACCUCGACCACGUCAAGACUGUUGCGGGCGACGCCGUCUGGCCGAAGAUUCGCGGGUUCCGGUAUCUGUUGCAGGAUAAGCCGCACGGCGCGGGGUUGACGGACGAUUUCAUCGACAGCUUGAAGCUUCUGGGCAAGAGGGGUUUCGUCUUUGAUAUGGGCGUCGACCAGCACCGCCGCGGCAACAAGCAGCUCGACGAGGCGUUGGAGAUUAUCUCGCGCGCUCACGAGGGUGUUCCGGAGGAGGAGAAGGUCACCUUUGUCAUCAGUCGGUCCUCCCCCUUCCCUGUCUCUAACCACCUCUGCAAACCCGACCUCGGCAUCAUAAACACAACAGACCCCUCCUUCGUCCACUGGCGCACCGCAAUCUACGCCCUCUCCAAAUGCUCCAACACCUACAUGAAGCUCUCGGGCGGCUUCUCCGAGAUGCCCGACUCCCUCAAGAAGCAGGACCCCAACGCAAUCUUCGAGGCAAUCUUCCCCUGGCUCGGCGUCGUCCUCGCCACCUUUGGCACCCGCCGCACAAUGUUCGGCUCCGACUGGCCCGUCUGCACCGUCGGCGUCGACGAAGCCUGGCGCAAGUGGAAGCUGCUUGUCGAGCGCACCUGCUACAUGGCUACCCUCGAGCCAGAGGACCAGGCGGCCCUGUUUGGCGGUACCGCGAUCAAGGCGUAUGGUAUUGAAGGGCUUUGA